GCCGAGGUGUUGUUGUAGGAAGUCAUUCCUCGCAACAAGAAGGCAGUACGAUUUCGGGCAGUUUUUGUUGUAAACAAAUAAGCGGAAAUAACGCUCGAGAACGGGAUCCCAAGCGGGGCUGUGGCGGAGGAGAGAGCGCGCGGCCGAGUUCUCGGGACACGUCAGGGUUCGAAUGCGGCUCUGACCCUCCUCUGUGUGUGAGGCCUGUUUCGCACGCAGGUACUAUGACAGACAGUUUUGAUCGCACCCCCGGGGCGGGUCGCAACCGGCCGAAGCGCAGCAGCCCCGGCGAGGCCGAGCCCUGCCUCGGACCCGAGGACUUCGUCGUAUUUUCCGAGGUGGGCGGCGGCGGCACCGGCGCCAAGCCGUCGACAUUCAGCCAGCACGAGCCGCUGCGGCAGCCGAAGACGUCCCUUCCGCUGGCGGACGGCGGCGCGAGCGGCGAGGAUUCCAGACGAGAGCACUUCUCCUCGCUGCCUGUGAGCUCCACUCUGUCCAUCAACGCUCCGGAGUUCUACCCGUCCGGAUACGCUGAGUACCAGGAGGUCCCGAACGAGGACAACUCAGAAGGAUAUUACGCUGAGACUACCCUAGCGGAACUGGUGCAGGACAUGCUCAGUCACCUCAAUGCAUCGCCUGGCUCCUUCGAGUUGGAGGUGGAGAGUAUAACAGCCACGCUAAACGAGUGGGUCACAACAGAGGAGACCCUUCAGGAGCUUGUGGAGCUCAUCUACACACAGUCCACGUCUAUCCCAAACUUUGCCUACACUGGGGCACGGCUUUGCAACUACCUGUCGCAGCACCUGGCCAUCAGUUCUUCAAGUCGCAACUUCCGGCACCUGCUUCUCCAAAGAUGUCACACCGAAUAUGAACGCCGAGCUGAGGCGGUGAAAGGUGACGAGGCUACGCAGAAGAACUUCCACUCCUUCGUGCUCUUCCUGGGCGAACUGUACCUGAACCUGGAGGUCAAAGGACAAACUGGACGUGCAACUGUCCUGCUUCUAGGACUGAAGGACUUGAUUGACGCUCUGCUCUCCAACCCUGUAGAUGGGAAUAUUAUAUGUGCUGUGAAACUACUGAAGCUGACAGGCUCUGUGUUAGAUGAUGACUGGAAGCAAAGCGGCAAGACGUACAUGGACGAUGUGAUGAGUAGACUAAGGAACAUACAGCUGGAUGCCAGUUGUAGCAGGGAUGUGAAGGCAAUGCUGUUGAAUCUACUGGAACUUAAAUCUAGCGGCUGGGGCCGAGUUGGAAAUAGCGCCUCCGCCAUCGAGGCAACACCUGACAAUGACCCAAACUACUUCAUGAAUGAGCCCACAUUUUACACGGCCGAUGGCGUUCCUUUUACGGCUGCAGAUCCAGAAUAUUCAGAGAAGUAUCAGGAAAUUGUGGACCGAGAAUGUUACUACCCUGACUUCAGUGAAGAGAAUGGCACUGAGGACUGUUAUGACGAGGAUGAUGGAAUGGACCCUGAGAUUGAAGAGGCUUAUGAAAAGUUCUGUCUGGAAUCCGAGAGGAAGAGGAGGCAAUAAAGAAGCCAGAAGACCACUUUCCGGUAGGAUGACCCUGGCUGGAGUUCGACAUGACCCCGACAGGUGAUGAGGGACAACCCAGAGUGGACACGCAUGUAUGGAUCGCAAAACUGGUGGGAUAAUCCAUCCAUUAUCGAUAACCUCUUGUCCGGCACAGGGUCACGGAAGCCCUGAGCCCAUCCCAGAAGUAUAAUGUGUGAGGCAGGGUAUAUCCUGGAUGGGAUACCAGUCCAUUUCGGAUCAGUCACUCGCACCCAUCCACUCUCACACUAAGGCCAAUUUAGAGCCACCAAUUCUCCUAAAAUGUCUUCAGACAGUUGGAGAAAAUCCACGCAAACUCCUCACAGAUUGGAUCAGGUCUGAACCAACUGCCCAGGAGCUGCAGCAGCCCUCUAAAUAAUGGCCUGUUAACAUUUAAAUUGAGACUUUCCAUUGAGGUUUGUGCUCCAGGUUUUCGGACACCAACCCUGCACGUGAGUGCCGUUGCAUUGGUGUUAGAGUUGUCCUACACCAGCCAUAUACCAAAAAAACAUGGCAUCAUCACCAACGUUUAAAGCAUCAGCUAUGUUAUUUUGUUCCAUGUAUAACCUGAAUAUAAACUGAACAAAAGCCUGAAAUACUGAGUGCCAAGAAGUGCUGCUUUAUUCUUUUAUUUACUUAUUUUGCAGGGCGGCACUCUUGAGAAGCCUGUUAACAGUAAAUGAAAGCAGAUUGUGGAAGUAGGUCAGUCCUGCACUGUUCUUUUAGCGGACCUUCUGUGUUUCAGAGGAGCAUGUUUAUACGUAUCCGUGACAAAGCCACGAACACAUGGGGAAAUCUCCCUCGGGGGGCAGCCCUUGCCGCUGGAGGUGAAGUCUAGUCUCGUUCCUGACGUUGCCCAGAACACUAGCUGCUCUUGGGCCAGACCUGAAAGUGACAUCUCCGUACUGGUGACUCAAGAACUCUGUUCCACUCCUUCUCACCAGUGUCAGUCAUCAGAAGCAGAAAUGUCAGUGGAUCCAUGCAACGGCACCUCCUACAAGUAAAGACCGCUAAGGUAGGUCUGUCUAUGCAGAAUGUGCUGUCCAGUCCCUCCAAUAACGGUAGAUCACUAUAGUUCCAUUCUGCAGGAGCUCUGCUUUCCUUCUUCAUCUGGGUAAAGUUCCACUUGGUGGAUAGAGGCAGGCUUCUACUCCUUGCCCAUUCUGUCCACAUGGACAUCCUAUGAGUCCCUUUUUCAACACACAUCCUGCCAAACGGCAAAACGGCAGGGACACUCCUGUGAAUUGACAUUUUGUUCAUGCCUCCAGU